AUGAACGACCUCUCCGUCCAAGAACAGCCCAAGAAGAAGAAGGCGCGCUGGCCCAAGAGCAAGAGGAGGGAACAAGCUGCCAUCAAGUCGUCGCUGCAGGACCAACACGCCGCCUUCCCAUCACCGCUCGACAUGGCUCCGAACCAGCAUCGACGGCAACCGCAAGAGCCCGACCUUGUCCGCUAUCUCCCCUACGGCCACGACUUUCCCCAUUCUUCCUAUCGAAACUCUGCCUUUCGCUCCAUCANNAAGACCCUCAACACAACUAUCCUCCUCCAAUCGCUCCCCCACCCUACCAACCGACCACCUUNNCCAACCUAUAAACCGCCAUCCUUCGNNUCCUUCUUCUCGCCCUCUUUUGCAUACAACCCUCCUCCACCUCCGUCCGCUCAAGCUCAACACUUCUACGUACAGCCCGUCCCCUUCUUCCCGCAGCCACGUCUACAGCCGGAAGCUGCUGCUUCGCACCACUCCGCGCGCCAACAUGCCCGCACCCCGGCCCCUCACUCGGACACACUGCAGGAUGACCAGGACCCUGAAGUUCGCACUCCCAGACCUUCCGACAAGCGCGCUCGUGCAAUUGGCAAACUACUUCGCCCGACUCCAUCACUUCCAUACCUUAUGAACUCGCUCGUCACUUCUCCCAAGCUUGACCACCCAAAAUCCCUUCUUGUCGUCCUGGAUCUGAAUGGUGUUCUGGCCUAUCGCAAGAAAAAGUCCAGGGCCUACAAGCCUAGACCCUUUGUCAGCACCUUCCUCGACUACCUGUUUGCCAACCACCAUGUCAUGAUCUGGUCGAGCGGCAUGCCAGAGAAUGUCGAACGCAUCAUGGGCCACAUGCUGUCUGAUGAAAGACAACAGAAACUCGUUGCCAUGUGGUCACGCGACAAGCUCCGUCUACCGGACCACCUGUUUUCCGAGAAAGUUCAGGUCUACAAGCAACUCAGCUGGAUCUGGGAAGACCCCACUCUACAGAUGAAUGCCCCAUUGGGAGGUUGGAGCCAACGAGAUACAGUGCUGGUUGAUGACUCUAUUGACAAGGCCGCUGCGGAACCUCACAACCUUAUCGAGGUUGACGAGUACGAAGGCCGUCCUGCUCAAGACCAGAACACGACUCUGUUGGAAGUCAUUGAUUAUCUAGAGCGCAUUCGCUGGUAUGAGAACGUCAGCGCAGAGAUACGCGCUGCUCCAUUUGUUGCACCCAAGGCUUGA